AUGGCUAAAUCACUACGUGCGAAGAGUCACCUAAAGGCUAAAUCAGUAAAACGUCAUGCUGUGUUUCAAAAAAUUGUCGAUGCCCGUGAAGAAAGAAUUGCCAAUAAAUUAAAGCAAGGUUUAAUAGAUCAAAAGAUGGCUAAGUUGAAAGAACAGAAUGGUGGCGAUGCCGAUGCAGUUAUGGAAAUUGAUGCGGAAGGCAAAACUGAUGAGGAAAAGAAGUCUACUGAGACUAAGAAAGUUAGUACGUCUGGAUGGAGAGACGCAAGACAUCAUAAUUAUAAGAAGAAUAAGAGUAUGAAAAAGAAGAAGGGUUCUUUUACCAGAUUUUAA